AUGAAGUUUAAUGAUUAUAUAUUUAUUUUCACGAUCUUUACAAUUAUUUCGUUUGCUAUUUUACCAAUAACAACGCAAAAUUAUUUUACGUAUUAUGACAUACCAACUGUGAACGCCAGCAAGAGUACACCCACUAUAUUUGAUAUUAUUAAUUACAGUGAUAACAAGAUAAUCCUCCGCAUAAUUCGUCCCGAUUUAUCGAUCCCUUCUGAAGAAGGUUUACUUUGGUUGGAUAAAUACUUGUCACUUCGCACGAUUUAUCCUGAUGGGAAGGUUGUACCAAUUGACAUUAAAUUAGAUAUUCAAGAUUUUAACUUUUGUUUAACAAACGAAGUUUAUGGAAUUGGGAGUCCUAUUAAAAUUUAUCCUAUAAGAAGCAAAUUUUUGUUAGUUACUUAUGCGGAGGCCGCGGAUCUAAAUGAUCCUUUCACUUACAUUGAAAAGGCAAUGGUCAUUGAUUUAAAUGGAAAUAUUUACGGUAACACUACAUUUAAAUCUACCUAUGUAGAUGUUGUCACUAAUCAAUGGUUGCCUGAUCAAGCUGGAAUUUUUGUAAAUUACAAUUCUUACAAAGGGUUUCUCCGUGUAAUACCAAUUACAAAUACUUCUGACUUUGGCUUCGAGCGAUACGAAGUAACUGGAGACGGAAAUAUCUUAUUUCUUGUGCAAGAUAUCUUAAAUUUUAAAGAAUCUCUUAGCCUUAUGUUAACAGCCAUUCCAAUGGUGGAUGGUAGAUACGCAAUUGUCUACGCAAAUUCCACGGAUUCCGAAGUUACUUCUAUUAUUCCUCAGGAAGGAUUAUACAUAUUAAUCUUAGAGUACGACAAAGAGACUGAACGAGAACCAGCUGUUCUUUAUCAAACUACAAUCCAUGGUUUAAAGUUUACUGACAUUAAUUGCGAUGUUUCUUAUGUAGGAAUUGGGCAAGUCUGUAUAGUAACAGGAGAAUAUACAAUUGGUGCGGUUAAAGAAACCAUUUAUUUUAAAUUUGAUUUUCUUUCAUGUGGAACCGCAUAUAAUUUUAAACCAUUGAAGAUUCAAACGAAUCCAUUAAUUGAGUAUUAUGCUGUUCAAUUAUUACCAUAUGGAGGUUAUUUAUUAAGUGGAAUAGGAAGUGUUGAUAAUAUAACUAUAGUUUAUGGUUAUGUUUUUAAUGAUGAUGGUGAAGUUUAUUCUUGGAAUCUUCCAAACAUUGUCGAGUCAAACGUUAUUGCUGGUAGCACUAUUCUGAGAAAUAAUACUUUUGUGCUUGCUCGAGUCGGAGAAAAGCCAAGAUGGGCUUUGAUCACCACGGAAUUGCAUAAAUUUAAUGAGGAUCGAGAUCAUGGAUAUAAUAAUUUCCAUAUCGCUUCCACGACUCCAAGUAUUGAUGACAUGAUUCCAUCUGAUUUAGAGUUCCUCAAUAUUAAAUAUUAUAACAAAGUUGAAUUAUCAAACGGUAACAUUACAAUUUUUCAAGACGAUGGUAAUAUACGUCAAACCACUUCGGGAAUCAACGGCAGAUAUGUAUCUUAUGGUGAUGAUACUACUAUUAAAGUUGCAAUACUUAAAUCCACAUUCAAUCAACCUGGCAGAAGAUAUUAUGUUUCAAUUGAUAAUAAUUCUGUAAAAGACAAAAUUUACCAAGAGCCUCUCUAUGGUGUAAACGACCAUGUAUGGUCGUUUACUACAACACAAACUGAAACUGAAAUUAGUUCAGAUGACGUUAUGGGACAAGUUCGAUUGACUCCAGAAGGAACUUCUUAUUUUCUUUAUGAAGCCGAUCGCGAAGUUUUUCUUAUGAAAUUAAAACGAGAAUUAGCUGAUGCAAUUCCCGUCAAUCCUAAUCGCAUAACUACCAAUGAAGGAUUUGAAAUCGAUACUUCAGUUUCUCAAAAACAAAUCUUUUUAUCCAUUGACAUUAAAAAAAUGGAGACUGAACAAGAAAGAUCAGUUAGUUUGGCAAUUAUGGAUUUAGAUAGUUUGAUUAAGAAUAAACCUAUCACUGUUAUCGCCUCAGGUGAAUCAACCAGUUAUUUAGAUGAGGAUUAUGGAUAUAAAACUCUCCCUAAUUGGCGGAAAACUUAUGGAUCAGCUCUCCUUGGAAUAUUUGCAAUCACAUUAGUAUUGAUUUGUUUUUUCUUUUACGCCAAACGUAAAAAUGCUGACGCAAAAAAUACUGUAAUAUUUCAACUUGGUAUCAUCAUUUUUGAUGUCAUCAUGGAUAUUACUUUUAUUAUUACAAAAGCCAAAAAUAUUGAAGCAUUAUAUAUCCCAAGCAUUUUAUUUACGAUAGGUCCAUUUAUCAUAAGUGUAAUAAUUGCAUUUGUCAUUAUUAAAAAGGAAGAAAAAAUGAGAGAAUUUUUUGAAUGGUCAAGAGAGAAUAAAAAGGUUGUAGACGUGUUCACAGUAUUAGCAGGAUCUGAGGUUGAAUUAUUAACAAUACUUGAAUCUAAAGUAAUUAUUGGAGGUAAUAUUGUAGGAAGAUUAUACAGAUUUAGAGAUUAUAAAAGAGUAGUGUAUGAAAGUGCAGAUAAUGAUGAAUCAAAUGUAAAAAAAGAACCAUGA